AUGAAGGCCGUCGUCUUUGUCCUUGCCGCCCUUGUGCUGGUGGCAGGCGCGCGCGCUGACCAGUCGAUUGUUGAUGGGGCCACUGGCGUCAUCAAUGCCAAGAUCAGCUUCUUGAACCAGAUCCUGGCGGCCAAGGCUGAUUUGAUCAACUCCCUCCUGGCAUCCAAGAGCGAUGCCCCCGACGCUUCCCCCGACGCUGGCGCCGCCGCCGCCGCCACUGCCCCCACCGCCGCCGCCCCGGUCGCUGUGGACGUGGCCGUUGACGCCGCUCCGGCCGUUGCUGCUGGCGGUGCCGCCAGCUCCACCGAGGUCGUUGUGGCCGAAGCCGCGCCGGGCGCUGCUGCCGGCAGGAAGCUGAUGAUGAUGUGA